AUGAAAAAGCUCACGCUGUCGCUGGGCGACACGCUCGGCAACUUGCGCACCACCGCGAGCGCCGUGUCCGCCGCCGCGGCGACGCAGAUCAACCGCACGCUCGGCGACCGCCCGCCCAGCGGCGCGCCGUCGCCGCAGCACCAGCCGUCGCCGAAUCAAGAUGGCGACCGGCAGUUCCUGCGGCUGCCCAUCGAUAGCGCGCGGAAGCUGCGGUGGUAUGACAAGGGCGAGGUCGCUCAAAUCACACGGCAGCACGUCCGGGAGAAGCACGCGCUGCUCGACACCAUCGCCGCCCUCAAAAAGGCGCGCGCCCGCCGUAAAUCGGCGACGCCCGGAUGGUAG